GCGGCGUCUCUAGAAUCGGCUCCUCAGUCGCGGUCCGCCUUGUUCGACGUCCCUGAAGUCUAGGAGGCAGGGAGAGAGAGAGAAAGAGCGGAAUCCGCGGGGCGCUCCCUCCCUCCCUCGCACUCGCCAGCGCGCUCGCACAAGCCGUGAGGGGAGCCAGACGGGCAGGCGAGCGAAGGACCGGCUGAGUGAGUGAGUGAGUGAAGGGAGGAGUUUUCUCGCUUGCUCGCAGGGCGUCGCCGCCGGUCAGUCUCCACGCAGAGCGGGUGGCCGAGCGAGGAGGACAGAGCAUGGCGCUCUCGGUGCCGGUCAACGGGGUGAAGGAAGAGGGCGACAAGCAGCCUCUCAUCGAGCUCUUCGUCAAGGCUGGAAGUGAUGGUGAAAGCAUAGGCAACUGCCCCUUUUCUCAGAGACUCUUCAUGAUACUUUGGCUGAAAGGAGUGGUAUUUAGUGUAACAACAGUUGACUUGAAAAGGAAACCUGCAGACCUUCAGAACUUGGCACCGGGGACUCACCCGCCCUUCAUAACAUUUAACAGUGAGGUGAAGACGGACGUGAACAAGAUUGAAGAGUUUCUUGAAGAUGUCCUCUGCCCACCCAAGUACACAAAGCUUUCACCAAAACAUCCAGAAUCAAACACUGCUGGAAUGGACAUCUUUGCUAAAUUUUCUGCAUUUAUCAAGAAUUCCAGGCCAGAAGCAAAUGAAGCCUUGGAGAGAGGCCUUCUGAAAACUCUGCAGAAGUUGGAUGAGUACCUGAAUACACCUCUCCCUGAUGAGAUCGAUGAGAAUAGCAUGGAGGAUAUCGCAGCUUCCACCCGCAAGUUUCUGGAUGGUGAUGAGAUGACGCUAGCAGACUGCAACUUGUUGCCCAAACUACAUAUUGUCAAGGUUGUGGCCAAAAAGUAUCGCAACUUCGAUAUUCCCAAGACAAUGACUGGGAUUUGGAGAUACCUGACAAAUGCCUACGGUCGUGAUGAAUUCACCAACACUUGUCCUGGAGACAAAGAGAUUGAAAUUGCCUACAGCGAUGUAGCUAAGAGACUCACUAAAUAAGCAGUGUUUCGCACACAUUUCAUAAUGAAAGGCUUCUUUUAACAGACUGCUCCCCUUUUGUCUUUUUAAGAUAGUGAUUUACUUUGCAUGUACUUGCAGUUAUUCAGUGUUACAUUGGGUAGACCAGGUAUUUUUUCUUUCUUUCAAAAAAUGCAAACCAAUGUUAUGGCGUUUGCUUGCUUUGUAUCCUAUAAUAAGCAAGCUGAGCACAGCAGUUCAUGUUGCAGCGAAGCAAUUCUGGAACGUGGCCCAGAACUGCUGAGUGGGACCCCUGCUUCUACUACCUGGGCCUGCAGAUCCUGGGUCUCAAUUAGGUAGGACAGCCAUCUUACAUAGUCCAAGGAACUGAGUGGUAAAGCUUUUCCUGGAUUGAGCAUUUCAGGUAGUGGGAGUGGAGUGCAAGUUUGAACACUUUUCCUAUAUUAGAAGGCACCUUCUCUCUUCUUUUCUGCACACACUUGGCUUGUUGGGGAGAUGGCUUCAGCAUGCUCUUCUCCAAUAGAAUAUUUUGAUGCACAUAAUUUUAUUCAUUGCAGAGCAAACACAGCCUCCGCAGCUCCAAACUUAGGUGAUUCAGCCUAAGGAAAGGGGUUUUUUUUAACCACUUGCUGCUUCUGAUUAUAUAAAGUGGCCUUUAAAUCUCAAAUUGCAUCUUGGGGAUUUUCAGAUUUGUCUAGGAACCACUUCUUGGUGUGAAUUAAGGAUUAUUUAUGUAUUUUUGAGAUGCUGUUGCAUACUAGAGCUCUCCUGAAACACUGUACCUGCUGGUCUGUCUGAACAGUGCACCAAAGUCUCUUACUGCCUCACUGAAAAGAGCUACAUGCAAAACCUUUGGGCAGCCUGCCUGCUCAUGAGGAAAAGGGCACAUUUCAACAAGCUCAAAUGCCACAAGCUGUGACCCAUAGACACCAGGAACCCAAUAAACUGUGUUCUUGGAGGUGACAAGGGUUCACUGCAUAUGCUUGCAUGGGUGGGGUGCGGGAGUACAUUUUCCUGCAGGUCUCCAACUGAUUGGAUCAAAAAGCAAGACAUCUUUAUUGGAUGAAGCACAAUAAUCCAAGGCCAAAAUAGCAAGUUGCUUUUUUUAAAGGCACUAGGAGGCUUGUCAAUAUGUGGGAUUUAUUUGUAACAUCAUUCCAAACCUGAGCUGUCAAGCAGCCUAAAUAUGCCAGAUGUUUCUACUCAACAUGUAACUACUCUUUUAUGUUGCUAGCACGAAAUGCUGCGGUUGGGUGCCAGGGGUGCUUUCUUCUCACUGUGCUAAUGUCAGACUCCUGCAAAUAACUAUUUUUUAUUUUUAAAUAUGUGGAAGUGGCCUUUAGAUACCAACUGUUUUGCCUUACGUGCAUAAUUCCCUAUUGGUGAUUCUCUCCUUGGUAGUUUGUAAGUGUGGAAUGUGGAGUUCUUAGCCCCUCUUUCAUUUGUUUCUUCCUUCAAUACGUCUGACAGCUGCAUAUAUACCUGAUCUAUAUUUUUUCACACCGCAAUCAUUAACACAUUCAAGGUCCAAGUUGUGUAUUUCUAGAACAGCACCAAGGAAUAGCACUGUAAAAGCAACGGUUUGUGUUGCUGACUUGGGUUUUCUUUAAUAAAAGGAAAGGCAAGGAUUUGAGGCUUGGAGCAAACUUUCUAUUUAUUUUAAAUGCCAUCAAAGACUACUCCAGCCAAUCAAUACUAGUCUUCUUGCCAGCAUACCUUUUGUAACUUUUACACUGGAGUGUACAUUUUAAAAGCACGUAUAAGGGCUCCUGUUAACAGACUUUCUGCAGCCCAACUCUGUGCAUACUGUACUUGCUCAGAAGCAAGUUGCACUGAGUUUAGUGUGGUUUAUUCCCAAGCACAUGUGUGUAGCAUUGCAGCCUGGCUUACUCAGCAUAAGUGAGGGCAUGGAAGAGGUUUAGGGAACCUUUUAUUUGUACAAAAUUUCAUUUUGGUGAGGGACUUGGUGUUAAGAGCCUUAGGUUUGUGGUUUUCCUUUUUAAAAAUCUAAGAAUCAUACGUUGUGAUCUUCUGAUCCAAUAAGUAGACACAUGAUUUCAGUAAUAGCUUUGUAUUUGUUAUCUAUGCCUUUGUGGUGCCUUCUUUCUCUUUGCCAGUAUUCACAAAAGCCAGUCUUAGGCUUAAGGGUGGCCCCAAAGCAUCCUGCAGCUUUGACACAAAACACUAGAAGGUAGAACCUUUCCUAGCAUGUUUGCUACCUCUUCGUUUAAUUUCACUGGCCCGAAAUCUGCUCCAGAUUCUUCUUCUUGCUGAUUUUGCCCACGUGCCUUUAAGUCAGUUGACCGGCUUGGUGUAAACAUUUGGGGGGUAAGGUACCCAAAGGGUAGAAUCGUGUUGUACAGCCUGGUGGAUCUUAUGUCCUGCUAAUGCCCACACUUGUUUACCUUCCAGUUGUCAUUUUGCCUGGCAAAUUUAAAGUUUCAGAUUGGAUGGUAGGAUGACCAGUGUGACUAGAUGGGAUUCGAAGAAAAAGAUGAUCAGAUGUGGGUGAUUAGCUCAAAUUCUUGCCAAGUCACUGUCCACAUAACCACCUCUUACGUAACUGCUAUUUCCCCAUCUGGUGCUUGGUGGAUUGUGUUUAUUUGAAAGCUUACCUUUAAUGAGUCAUGAAAGUAAAUAACUCGGCACCUCCCAACAGUAUCAGUCAAAAGGGAAGAAGCAGCCUGCCAAUUUUUUUUUUAAUUACACCGCAGCACAGGACAACCUUCAUCAUUUGGUGCUGAUUAUGCCUUAGUACUCUUUGACGAAACCUUUCCGGUUUGAAAUGUAGACAGCAGUUGAAUCUUAUGCUCUUGAUUCUAUUAAGUUGGAACAGAGAAGUCAUUUGGAAGUACGGUAUAUUUUAGAGAGAAGCAUCAUCUCUCUCUCUCUGUAAUAUUGAUGUGCAUAAAUGUUCUUUCGUGUGACCAGUUAUCCACUUGGUGUGUAGUAGAGGCAGUUUCUCCCACAAGAUAAGGUGCAUAAUUUGUGGUUGCAAGUGAUCAACCAUUUGGUUAACUUUAGCAGCCCACAUGAGUGAAAGCAUUAUGUUUUCCUCUUGAAUGAAUAAAGAGAUGGGUGUGUGUUUGUGGAUGGGGGCUUCUGUCAUCAAAUGGGAAUUUUUUUUUAUAGUUACGUUUUUGCAACUAAAAUGUGAAAGGAAUUCCUAUUAGCUGACCUUUGUUUAGCCUAUGAAAUUGGUAGCAUUCAUAUGCAGAUUAUCUUUCUGGAAGACGGAGAAAACCCCAAGUUUGACUUAACAAUUAUUCUUCCAAGGUUGGAGAGAAGGGAAUGUGGAAAGACACGUGUUGUACCUACUGUAUUUAUAGUUUGGGAACUUGCCUAACCUGCACAAAACUGAAGAGUUAAUGAUUUUGCCACUUGCCAGUUUCUUACAUCAUAUUUUUAAUGUGCAUAUGCAUUCUUAACAGAAUUUCAGACAUUCUGCUUCUAGCCAUCCAAAAUAGCAAAUGUAGGUCUAAUUCUCAGACCAGGCACCCCCAAACUGCGGCCCUCCAGAUGUUUUGGCCUACAACUCCCAUAAUCCCUAGCUAAGAGGACCAGUGGUCAGGGAUGAUGGGAAUUGUAGUCCAAAACAUCUGGAGGGCCGAAGUUUGGGGAUGCCUGUCUCAGACAUUCCCCUAACCCACCAUCCUCAGACUUUUGAGCAUGGGAUGAUAGUUGCAUGAGAACCAGAAGUGUGAGCAAGAGCAGCUCCUUGUAGCAAUUCCUUAAAUGUUCCCCCUGUAUUAAUGUGACUUCCAAAAUGUCUUUCCACUCCUAUAGCCAAAGAUGUUUUAAAUUCCCAUUCUAGUUGUCAGUCUAGGAGCAUUUGAGGAAUCACACCUCUGCCUAAACCCGGGCGGUGGAGGGUGGAAUCUGUGGCUCUCUUGAUGCUGCUUGAUUCCCAGCUCCCAGGACCCCCAGCGGGCACAGUCAAAGUGCAGAAUUAUGGGAGUUGCAGUCCAGCAACAAGGCCACAGCUUCUCUCACUUUGGCCCUAAAAAUAGGCAGGAGUGUUAAUUUUUAGAAUGAUUGAAGUCAUCUCAGAACUGGUGUGUCGGGAAAUUCUGUGCAUGUAUUAUUGUUAGCCACAGGAUAGUUGUGCCAUUGAAAGAGCCUGCUGGCUUGGACCACUCCGAGAGGCAACUCCUACUGAAGAGGAACAUACCAACUGGCUGCAUCUAAUGUUAUUCUGAGUGCAGAAUGCUGCUUGGAUUCUGCUUCACAAGUAACAAGAAGGGUUGAGGUGGCUCUGAAGUCCUUGCGGCAAACAUAAUUCAGGAGGAAAAGUCUUUGCCCUCAUCCUAUGCCCUUUGAUGUCAUAACACUAUGGAUUCCAAUAUUUUGGAUGAUGCAUUGUCCACAUGCUCUCUGUUGGGUCAUCUUUGUAUAAGAUAAUUGGCCAUUCUGCUUAUUUUGUUUAUAGUGAAAUAGAAUUUAUUUUUAAAAGAAAAGCUCUGGGUUAUAUGCAGUGUUAGUCAUGCUCCAUCAGAGUAGACCCAUUGAAAUGAAUGGGCAUGAUUAAUUUGGGCUCACUCAUCAGUGGACCUACUCUGAGUAGCACUUAGGUGGCUACAACCCAGAGAAUUAAAAUUGCAUGAUUUAUAUAUAUCAAGGGAUGCCUUUUUAACAAGGUCACUUUUGCUCAGCAGGCAGAGCCUUGAGGAACAAAGAGAACAGGUGGAACACUUCUCUCAAAAGUGUGCAGAGCGUUUGUGAAACCAUUACACUUGUCUGACUUGCACACGAACCAGUGUGCCACAUUCUGGGUACGGAGAGGUAGGAAAGCAAACCUCAGGUUCCCCACCUCCGUCCAAGACCUUUCUGUGGGACUCCAGCUCUCAUGAGCCCCAGCCAGCACAGCUGAAGAUCAGGCCUCUGUAACAAAAGUAUUUUCUGUGGACUAGGCUCAAAUUGGUUCUGUUUAUAUUAUCGGUCUCUAAAGGUCAUGGGCCACAGAAAUUGGUCUAGCCCAGGCAUCCCCAAACUUCGGCCCUCCAGAUGUUUUGGACUACAAUUCCCAUCUUCCCCAGCCACUGGUCCUGUUAGCUAGGGAUCAUGGGAGUUGUAGGUCAAAACACCUGGAGGGCCGCAGUUUGGGGGUACCUGGUCUAGCCUAUAUGCUACAGCUAAAUAUUAACAAGCAGCAACCAGCUUAGAAAUUUGGCCAUUCUAGGGCCUACCAGUGUCUAAAUGUAGCACACGAAGGGUGGUCUAAUUCAUACCAAAAGUGUUAUGUAUAGUGGGGGACUACACAUGAGAGCUGAGGUCUGGCUUCAUUCCCUAGUGCUUGAAGCAUGUAUAAUUUUUUUGGGGGGGGGGAGUUGUGGAACCUUGGUUAUGACUCACCUGCCUACCUGCCUUUCCAUGAAAUGUUGCUUUAAGAGGCAAUGCUAUAUCAACUCUUCAUGCUAAAAAUGAAUAACUGUCCCCUCCCAGCUGUGACUAACGGUAGAUGUUUUGUCCCAUGUUGAAACCACAAUUGCUUAGAUACAGUCAAGUUCCUUAUUAUCCUUUUGAACAUACCCAAAAAGGUUGUUCUGAGCAAAACAUGUUAUAAAUCCUGUUUUAUCUGCUCAACUGUUGCAUCUGGGUGAGCGGGGGCACAGAUUCCCAGAAUGGGCAGGGCAUUGAUUUGGCAUUUGUACAGAGAUACCUGGAAUCUCUUAUGAUAUAUUGUAAUAUGCUUCUCUCUUCACUUUCCUGGAAUAUCUUUUACAGGUAUACUGGCAAACUGCUGGCAGCUGUUUUAAAAAAUAAAAUUUAUAUUUUUCACUUAA